AUGGGAAUAAAAAUUUCAAAAUCGAAUAAUUCAUCCUCUCGAAAUAAUUCAUCAUCUUCUAAUGCAAGAUCAUUCGGCUUUAAACGACAUUUGCAUUCAAGUAGAAGCACAAACAGAAGCAGAAUGAUAAGUUCAAACCAAGAUAAUGAUGGUAGUAAUAAUAGGAAAGAAGAGUUCAAAUACGUUGAUGGAAGGAGAUAUCAUAAUGUACCAAAUUUAAGAUAUCAUUUACCAAACGAUGAUAUUGAAAUUGAUAGAUUACAUUUGCAACAUUAUUUGACGAGAUAUAUCUGGCAAUCCAAUUAUUCCGCCCCCGUGCAUGAAUUAUUAGAACAUGGGGGUAAAGAAGUUCGAGUGCUUGAUGUAGGCUGCGGACCAGGAACGUGGAUAUUAGAAAUGGCAUCGGAUUAUCCUAAAACGGAAGAUUUUCAUGGGACAGACAUUUCAUCUUUAUUUCCCAGCGCCAUCAAACCUUUUAAUUCGUCAUUUUCUCAACAAAACGUGUUGGAAGGCUUAAAUUUUCCCGACAAUCAUUUUGAUUAUGUCUAUAUGAGAUUUCUUAUGUUAGCAUUCUCAACCGAACAAUGGAAAGACGUUGUCAUACCCGAACUGGUUCGCGUGACAAAAAAAGGUGGUUACGUGGAAAUCAUGGAAUGGGACGUGAAUAUUUACAAGUCCGGUCCCAUUACCAAAAGAUUAAUGAAUUCGAUGAUCGCAGAUUUUAGAUCUCACAAUUUUGAUGAUUGUAUCAUUGCCACGAUACCAGAAUUCAUGAAAGAAAAUCAGAUGACGGAUAUCGAAAAAGAUUUUCGUGACUGUCCACAGGGUCGUUACGCUGGUAAACUCGGUAGUCUAAAUUUAGAUAAUGCAACAACGAUAUUUCGCAUGUAUAAACCAAAAUUUUCUAAAGAGUAUGGGAUGAAUUCUGAGGAAUAUGAUCAAUUGAUUGAAGACUUCAUUAAAGAAAUGGACACUUACAAGUCUCAUAAUAAAACCUUCAGGUUAUGGGGUAAGAAACUUUGA